UGACUCCUGAACUCUGGAUUCAAGGGUGGCUGAGUUGACGGGACACGAACCCCAGGACCUGAUCGAGAAGACACUGUACCACCAUGUGCACGGCUGUGACGCAUUCCAUCUACGCUUCGCUCACCACCUCUUGUUGGUGAAAGGGCAGGUCACCACUAAGUACUACCGUAUGUUGUCCAAGCACGGGGGCUGGGUGUGGGUGCAGAGCUACGCCACCAUCGUCCACAACAGCCGCUCCUCCAGACCCCACUGCAUCGUCAGCGUCAACUAUGUUCUCACGGACGUAGAGUAUAAAGACAUGCAGCUGUCUCAGGAGCAGAGUCGAGCGGCCAAACCCAUCUUAGCCUUUAAGAGUGGCCUGGCCUCCUCUCAGGACCUCCGCAAACAACUCAAAACCAAAGCAGUCAAGAUCAAGAGCAAACUGAAAACAGCCCCCUACCCUCAGCCCAACAGCACCUACCACCCAGACAAGCUGGACUGCUCCCCCCAGGGAGGAAGUUGGAAGGAGAGCACCCCCUACCCCCUGAACCCCUGUCACGGGCAGAUCUCAGGCCCUUCUGGAGGCCCAGAGGCUGGAGAGGUCCUGUGUAGUAGCAGCGCCCCCUAUGGCCUCUCCUUCCCCUACCCCUAUGGACACCUACCCCACACGGACUCCCAGAGGAGGUUGCGACACACCCAGGGUUCUUCCUCCGCCUCACCAUCCCCGUCUUCCCCUGGCCUGGCCGCCCAGCAGCUGCUCAGCUCCCUGCAGGGUCGAGGGAGCGAGGGGCGGUGGAGCUGUGCCAACGCCAAAAUCCACCAUGGUACUAACCCUGCUCACACCCUGAGACCAUUCGCUGCAUCGUGCUCCAUUACUACAGCCACCACAGCAGCAUAUUCAGGCCCCGCGGCGAGCAGGAGAUACCCCCCCUGCGAGCCCCUUCAUGAUGGCUUCUCCAGCUGCUCAACCCCGCGCCCUAACAGCAGGUUCAAGGAAGAGCCCUAUGAGCAUCACACGCUUGGCCAGAGCAAGACCACAGAGGACCGCCUGCACUCCCAGUCACAGGCUACUAAAGAGGACAGCAAGCUGCCGUUCAGUCGAGACUACCUCCACAAGGCCUCCGAGGGGAGUGGUUGUGUAGGAGGGGAGAAGCCGGUGUCCUGUCCCCUGUUGAGUAGCUCUGUGCUGGGGAAGGUGAGCUGCGAGCAGUCCCGGUCCUUCCAUGGCCUGGGCCAACCCUUCCCCAUGCAGGUGGUCCUGGAGCAGCGCAGGAGGCUGUGUAUGAUGGAAUCCCCCUACAGCCACAGUGCCACCGGCCCCCUGGAGCACACGGACAGCAAUGGGGAGCGGGGGAGCCCCAAGUUGCUGGAUCCUGAGGCGGGGGAGGAGGAAAGGAGGAUGUGGAUGGGGGUUGGAGUUGAAGUUGGGGUUGGGAUGGGGGUGGGAGUUGAAGUUGGGGUUGGGAUGGGGGUGGGAGUUGGGGCAGGCCUGCCGGCCCAGGCUCCGUACAUGUCUUUGAACCUCCACCACGUCUUGGCCAAACACAGCUCCUUCCAGGCCCCGCCCUACGCUGCCCUCGGCCAUUUGUCGGACAGCUACGGUUACCGUGGUGAUGAAAUGGGUUCUUAUGGCUACAAGAGCCAAAGCCCCGCCUCUGGCUCCUCCCCUGAGACCCACAGGGAGAUCCCUCAUUACAUCGGCACGUCCGUCAUCAUCACCAACGAGAGGUGA